AUGUCUUGCUCAAACUACAGUUUCAAAACCGCGCUCGUCACUGGUGGAGGCGGCGGCAUCGGCAGGGCACUUGCACGGCAACUGAUCCAAGACGGAAAGAAAGUCAUCAUCGCCGGGCGCACCGAGUCGAAGCUGAAGGACUCGGCAGAGGAAAUCGGCGCCGCAGCCUACUACGUGCUCGACACGGGCGCCGUCUCAUCGAUACCCUCGUUCGUGGAGAAGCUCACCGGAGAGCACCCCGACCUCGACUGCCUGAUCAACAACGCGGGCGUGCAGCGCCCACUGGACGUCAACAGCAUGCAGAGCGCCGAGUUCCUGGAGAAAGCAGACCAGGAGCUCGACAUCAACAUCCGCGGGCCCAUGCACCUCGCUCUGCACCUCCUGCCGCACCUGAAAGCCAAAGACAAGGCGCUCAUCGUCAACGUCUCCUCCGUGCUGGGCUUCGUGCCCUUCUCCCUCAUCAACCCCGUCUACAACGGGACGAAAGCAUGGAUGCACUUCUGGAGCAUGGCGCUGCGGGCGCAGCUCAAGGACUCCAAGGUGAGCGUCGUGGAGAUUGCGCCGCCGACGGUCGCGACGGAUCUGCACCGCGAGAGGGAGGAUCCAGACGACAACAAGAAGGAGAAGAACAAGCAGGCGCUGAGUGUUGACGAGUUUGUCCAGGAGACGGUCGGCAAGUGGAGGGAGGGGAGGCAGAUGAUCAGUGCGGGCAUGGCGAAUGACAUUGUGGAGAGCUGGGAGGGGAGUAUGGGGAAGGUGUUUGAGAACAUGACUUGA